UACUGGAUGGAUGUGAUUUCUAUACAAUUGUUGGCAUUCAAAAUCUCAUCGAUAGAUGUUUGGUGACAAUAGUUGAUGGAUGGGACAAGGUACAGAUGCACGACCUGAUUCGUGGAAUGGGAACAGAAAUUGUUCGCCUAGAAUCAAAUGAGCCUUGGAAGCGUAGUAGAGUAUUGCAUCAUAAGGACUCUUUCAAAAUCUUGACGGAAAAGAAUGGUACAGAAACAAUUGAAGGUCUUGUCCUCGACAUGCAAAUGUGCCCUACUAUAAACUCAAAUGAGAAAGUCUUGGAAACCAAUGCAUUUUCAAGGAUGCGGGAACUAAAACUACUCCAUCUUAGUCAUGUACAACUUAACGGAUCUUAUGCAGAAUUUUGUACAGGACUAAUAUGGUUGUGUUGGACUAAGUUUCCUUUGGAUUCUAUACCCGUUGAUUUUCCUUUGGAAAGCGUUAUUAUUCUUGAAAUGCAAUACAGCGGUCUGAGACAAGUAUUCAAGGGAACAAAAUAUCUUCCAUCCUUGAAGAUCCUUGAUCUCAACCAUUCUCAUUCCCUUACAGAAACCAUUGACUUCUCAUAUUGCCCAAAUCUAGAGAAAUUGGUUCUAGUAGACUGUACAAGCCUGAUUUAUGUCCAUGGAUCCAUUGGAAACCUAGAGAGACUUAUUUACUUGAAUAUGAAAGAUUGCAAAAACCUUAGGAUGCUUCCCAAGAACAUUUGUAUGCUAAAAUCACUUGAAACAUUUAUUAUAUCUGGUUGCUCAAAUCUUAGUGAGUUAUCAACUGAGAUGUUGAGGAAUAUGGACGCGUUAAAAGUGCUUGAGACAGAUGGAAUUCCGAUAAGUGAAUUAUGGCUAGAAAAAAGUUCGAGUAUCUUGGGUUCUUUACCAUGCGCUCUAAUGGAAUUAAGUCUUUGGGGUUGCAAUCUUUCGGAUGAUGCACUUCCUAUGGAUUUUAGUAAUUUGUCCUCAUUGCAGAGACUAAAUCUAGGGAAUAAUCCAAUUAGUAGCCUACCAAAUUGUAUCAAAGGAUUAACAAGGCUCCAUACACUCUCUUUAAAUGAGUGUACGAUUCUCAAAUCGCUUCUGGGGUUACCAAAACUAAAGGACUUGCAUAUCUUAAAUUGCACAUCAUUGGAGAAAAUAACAUAUCAAUCUUCUUCGUCAGUGUCAUGCACAUAUGGUUACAACCACAACCUAGUUGAGUGGCAGUACAAGUACAAGUUACAACCCAUUGGAAGUGUAGAUGUAGAAAUGAUCAACCUCUUGGGAUUGUGCAACUUGUUGGAAUCAAUGGCACCAAUUCGGAUACACACACUGUACGGAUAUUUACAAAAUGAUGAUCCAAUUCCCGUCCAGGGACUGUACGAACAUGGUAUAUUCAGCACAGUUUUUGGUGGGAAUAAGGUUCCAGGCAAAUUCAGCCAUAAAAGCAGAGGGUCCUCAAUAUCUUUUACUGUGCCAUUACUUGAUAAUCACAGAACUCGAGGCUUGAUUGUCUUUGUUGUCUAUGUGAAUGCUGGCUAUGAUUCUCCUCCUAUUAUCCACCACAAUUAUUUGUCACAAAUAAUAGUAAAAAAUAAGAGCAACGGUCUGAGGGGGCGGUAUUGCCCAUCACGCUACGGUAUUCCAGGUGAAGGAGAAGACAUGAUAUGGUUAAGCCACUGGAAUUUGGAGGAUGAUCAGUUACAAGGUGGCGAUGAAGUGGUUGUUUCUGUAAUUAUGAAAUCUGGGCUUCUGGUAAAGGAGUUGGGCAUCCGACUUGUGCAGAUGCAACAAGAAGAGAAUCAUAAUAUGAUGAGUAUUUCCACAGAUUCUUCUUCUGAUGAUCGAAUAUGGUAUAAUAAGUGCCUUGGGGACUCUGAUGAAGAAGAUAAGAGAGAGGAGGUUUUCUCUCGUUUUGUAUGUUUACCAGACGAAGAAGAAGAGCAACAGGAUGAUAUCACAGUUGCGACCACCACAGGCAGCAAUAACUCAGGCGGCCUCCGUGGCUGGAAGGUGCUCGUCACUACAGCUUGCUUCUUUCUCACCCUUACUCUCAUCACUCGGUCUUCUCCCUCACGCAGAAAGAAGCAACCGUCCACAAGCCCUGGAUGAAUUGUAUGUACAUCUCAACAGCAGACUAUCUGUUUUCUCUUCUUAGAAGGCAACUUUUUAAGGUAAUAAAAGGAUCAGAAUCAUCAAAUAAUAUACUAGCAAUAUAUUUAGACUAAUAACUGGAACAAGUAUGCCAGAGCGUUCCUGUUAUUUUGACUAUUCAUUGGACCCAAGCCCAUUCAGUUUCUGUUUACAACAAAGGGGCUUCUAAUUCUGUGAUUGGGCCAUGAUUGGACUGAUUACUCAAGCCCAAUUCUCUUUUUAAUAUAUGGCUUUAACCCA